UUCAGUACACACAACGUACCCAAACAGUAAACACCAUUUUGAUAGCACACUCUCUUCAAAUAUAGAUUAUUGUUAAGCAAUUAAUGAAUAUAUUUUUAUAUUUGUGGGGAAGUGAACAAAAGAAGUUAUGAAAUUGCGCAGCGGCCGAGAAAUCAACAAGGGGCCGAGUCGUGAUUCUGGCAACGCUGCUAAUGAUGGCAACGCUGGCGGCAGCAACAAUGCGCCCAGUUCGAAUUUUGCUGUGAAUAGCCAAAUGAUCAAAAGGCGGCCAGUUCGUCGCAUCACUCACAUUGGCCCACAGCAAAUGGCGCUGAUAACUGAGCGUCUGGUGAAUGGCGCUCCAGCUGAUAGAUUUUCAGCUGCCGAGAGCCUGGCACAGGAUCGCAAUUCAAAUCUAAAUUCGUAUCCAAAUGCGAAUGCGGACAUGGGCAUGGCUCAGCCGCUGCCGAACGAGAUGGCCCCAAGAACCAGAAGGCAGGCCAGAAAUAGGGCUAACAGGAAUCCUGCUGCCGGCCAGCCAAUGGACGGCGUGACUGAGAUACGGAGCGAGUCCGGUAGCCACUCGGCUAAAAUCCUCCAGCCAGCACCAGCAGUAGCAGCAGCAGCAGCAGCGGCGGCAGCGAUUGUUGCUGUGCCAAAGAAGAAACGUGGAGCACGUCGCAAUCAGAAACCGAAACGUUUGCCCACCACAAGGCAGAGCAUGCGUUUCAUCAAGCACUUUUUAGCGCAGUGCGAAAAGAAUCCGACUUGCAAUCGCCAGCACCUGGCCGAUAUUGUCAAUAUCGUUAUCCGAUGGCCUCCGCUCAAGGCCCCAGCUCGGCCGGAUAGUGCUGAGAAUGCGCCGGAGGAUGACCAUGAUGAAAAUUUGGAUGAUCUGACAGAUCCACCAACACCACCCAACACUCCAUCCGACUCACAAGAUUCUUAGCUGCAAAAUUUUAAAGUUAUAUAUGUAUAUAUGUAUAUCAUGUAUAUAUCUAUAUAAUACCCCUGGCCGUCAAAUAUUUAUCAAUUUCUCCAAUAAUUGUGUGUGUGUGUUUUGUCAAAUGUCAAGCGGAAACUGUGUCCAAUAAAUAGUGUGUGGAUGAGAGUCAAUCAAUUAGAAAA